UAAGACUUAAAAAGAGUCGACUCUGAUUUCUAUACGUUGCAUGUUGAAAAGAUUGUUUUUUAAACAGUCAAACGAUCCGUUAAAGCUUAGUUACUCGUUGUAUUUCUUCAGUAACUUAUACAGAGUUAGCCUUAAUGUUGACAUAAAAACAGCUAGCUAGCUCGAAAUAAAGGGGAAGCUAGCUGGCUGGCCAGCCGGUGAAGCCAAAUCGUUUCGGCCGGACCCGUCCCGAUCGCCAUGAGACCUGUCCAAACUCUCUUUGCGCUGUUGGUUCUGACUCGGUGGGCAGACGGUGCCAGAAAACCUGUUGAAAAAUCGGAACGAUGGGAAAAUGAUCGCGAGUAUGACGCCCUCAGCUCCAUGCUGGCGGACUUCGACGUCUUCUCCUUCUCCAGCGUGCACCAGCACUCGGUCAGGAAGAGGGAGGUCCAGGCGCAGUCUCACGUGGAGCGACUGCUCAGCUUCACGGCCCUGGAGAGGCAUUUCAAGCUGUACCUGACGACCAACACAAAGCUGUUCACCCAGGACUUCAGCGCGGUGUUUGUGGACGGGGAUGGCCAGGAGGACAGCUACGACGUCCAGAGACAGAACUUCUUCACCGGGCACGUCGUGGGGGAGGAGAACUCACGGGUCCAGGCGCACAUUGACGACAACGACUUCACCGCCCACAUUCUGACAGAUGAAGCCGAGUACAAUAUAGAGCCCCUGUGGAGGUUCACAGAGUCGGGCCCUGACGACCGCCUGCUGGCCUACCGCUCGGAGGACAUCAGGAACAUCAGCCGGCUGGCGUCACCCAAAGUGUGCGGCUACGUGAACGCGGAUGCUCGGGAUCUGCUGCCCGAGGGAGCCCAGGAGGGCGGAAGCCAGGGGGAGGAGGAGAGCCUGCCCAGGGAGAGGCGUCAGGUGUUCGACCACAAGCGGAACACCUGCCCCCUGCUGCUGGUGGCCGACUACCGCUUCUACGAGCACAUGGGCCGUCAGGAGGAGAGCACCACCAUCAACUACCUGAUCGAGCUGAUCGAUCGAGUGGACGACAUCUACAGGAACACCUCGUGGGAUGAUGAGUUUAAAGGUUACGGCGUACAGAUCCAACAGAUCAUCAUUAAUAAGAAACCCACAGAAGUGCCUGCAGGGGUCGCCCACUUCAACAUGAAGGGCAGUCCGACCAGGAACAAAGACGUCUGGGACGUGAAGAAGCUGCUGGAGCAAUUCAGCUCGGACAUGGCGGGAAACGCCUCCAAGGUGUGCCUGGCCCACCUGUUCACCUACCAGGACUUUGAUGAGGGGACCCUGGGCCUGGCGUAUGUGGCCCCUUCCAGGGCUGGAGCCCUGGGGGGACUCUGUCCUAAACCCUACUAUCCUUCAUCAUCACACAGUAAGCCCAGUUACCUGAACACCGGAUUAACCAGCACAAAGAAUUAUGGGAAGACCAUUCUAACCAAGGAAGCCGACUUGGUGACCACUCACGAGCUGGGUCACAACUUUGGGGCGGAGCACGACCCGGACAACAUCCCCCACUGCGCCCCGAGCGACGACCAUGGAGGGAAAUACGUCAUGUACCCCAUCGCCGUGAGCGGAGACCAUUACAACAACAAGCGGUUCUCGAACUGCAGUAAGACGUCGGUGGGGAAGACUCUGAGGAGGAAGGUUCUGCAGUGCUUCAGGGAGAGGAACAGCAAGGUAUGCGGGAAUUCGCGGGUGGAGGACGGAGAGGAGUGUGAUCCCGGCCUGCUGCACCUCAGCGAUGACCCCUGCUGCACCUCCGACUGCAAAUUCAGACCCAACAAGCAGUGCAGUGACAGGAACAGCGCCUGCUGCAGGAACUGCAUGUUUGAGCAGGCAGGGAAGAUGUGCCAGGAGUCCAUCAAUGCCACCUGCAAGGGGAGAUCUCACUGCACAGGAAACAGCAGCGAGUGCCCGCCCCCGGCCAACGCGCCGGACGACACGGUGUGUGUGGACAUGGGCCGGUGUCAGGACGGGGAGUGUAUCCCCUUCUGCGAGACCGAGAUGAGUCUGAAAUCCUGUGCCUGCAACGAGACGGAUGACUCGUGCAAGGUGUGCUGCCGAAACCGAGAUGGGACGUGCACGCCGUACCGGGACGCCAACCAGAACUUCCUGUUCCUGCGCAAGGGCAAACCCUGCACCGUGGGCUUCUGUGACGAGGGGGGCAAGUGUAUGAAGCAGGUGCAGGAUGUUGUCGAGAGGCUGUGGGAUUUCAUCGACAAGCUGGACAUCAACACGUUCGGGAAAUUCCUGGCUGACAACAUCGUGGGCUCGGUGGUGGUCUUCUCUCUGCUCUUCUGGAUCCCUCUCAGUAUCCUGGUCCACUGUGUGGAUAAGCGGCUUGACCAGCAGUAUGAAGAGAACACCAAAUCCCUGUUUUACCCCAGUAAUGUGGAGAUGCUGAGCAGUCUGGAGUCGGCAUCUGUGCGCAUCUUCAAGCCGCCGCCCCCCACCCUGUCAGCGCAGCCCCGCCUCCAGCCCCAGCUCGCCCAAUCCGCCAGCAGCGUUCCAGUCCCUGACCCCGUGGCGACCCCAUCCUCAGCCUCGGCGGGACCCAAGAUGGAGCCGCUCCGCAUGGCCACCAUCCAGGAGGACCCGAGCUCAGACUCGCACCUGGACGAGGAGGUGCUGGAGGAGGACUUCUCCCCCGCCGGCUCCGGCGCCAAGUCCUACGAGGACCUGACGGAGCAGCCGCCCCCGCGCAGCGACAAAGCGCAGGCUUUCCGACUGCAGAGACAGCAGCGAAUCAGCAGCAAGGAGACCGAGUGCUGAGAGGGAGAGAGCACCCGCGCAUUACUGACACACACACUCACACACACACUCACACUCAC